AUGAGAGUUAAUUUAGGGAAUGAACCAGAUUUGGAGGAAUUCGCCAGUGUUCUUUUACAUGUUGGGAAUGGGUCACUGAUAAAUGAAAGUGGAGUCAUUGUCAUUCCUCCGUCUCUGGGCACCAUAGUCACAUCUCAACAAAACCACAUUGACAGUGUCUAUCCAGGAAUUGAAGGUAUAUUAAAUAUGGACAGUGGCUGGCUCUGUAACAAAGCAAUCUUGGCGCCAACAAACGAACAGGCCAACGAAUUGAACAUCAAGGUGAUGUCUCUUUUCACCAGCGAAGAACAGACGUAUACAUCUGUUAACACGGUUCUCAGCCAGGACGACGCCGUCCACUACCCUACUGAGUUCAUAGACUCUGUCACAGCCCCUGGAUUGCCGGCUCACGAGCUAACACUUAAAGUUGGAGCCCCAAUAAUGCUAUUGCGUAAUUUAUAUCCACCGAAGCUGUGUAAUGGGACUCGGCUUCGUGUUCGUCGGCUACACAGAUAUGUCAUCGAGGCAGACAUCCUGACAGGAUGUGGAGCUGGGGAGGUGGUAUUUAUCCCCCGAAUACCAUUAAUCCCCAGCAACUACCCAUUCGAAUUUAAGCGCCUACAGUUUCCCGUCAUGCUUUGCUAUGACCAUCAACAAAGCUCAGGGUCAGACACUGUCGACAGCUGGCGUUGA